AUGAAGUCGGAAGCGCCAGCCAUCGAAGCGUCGUUGGGCAACGUGUAUGCGCCAGGGUUUACUGGUGAGUCUGUCAUGGGCGCCACCAAGCCGGUGACCGGGAAGCGAAAGCCGUCGCUGGACGAGGAGGGAAUCACUGGAGAAACGGAAGAGCAGAAGCAGAAGCGCGCGCGUGGUCGGCCACGAUUAGACACGAAAGAUGAGACUGCUGCCGAUCGACGGAGAACACAAAUCCGCCUCGCGCAAAGGGCAUAUCGGCAUAGAAAGGACAAUGCCAUUACGAGUUUGGAGGAAAAGGUCAAGGGGCUGGAAAAGAAAAAUGCCGAUAUGAGCCGCGAGUUCCACAGAUUCCACGAUCUCGUCGUCUCGGAGGGUCUGAUGGAUGCUUCGUCAGAGGCUGCCGCCCGGUUCAGGGCCAUCACAGACAAUUUUCUCCGACUCUGUGGUAUGAACCACGGGGAGACUGGCUACAUUUCUCCAGAGGACGAGCGCACAACAAUCGCAGACGGCUUCCGCGGCCCAGUCGAGGCAAGCUCUGGCUCUUCGGGCGGAAACCAGAGCCCCCACAAGUCCCAUCCCGAUACAACCGCCCUCGCUCAGCAAGCGCUACCACGUGGGCAGAUGGCGGUGGCCGACGCCGUGGCUUCGUAUGAGAUUGUCGCACAGGCCACGCCAGACAAUGCCUCGUUUCCGCUCUACACCGCUUCGGAUAUCGCCCCUAAUCUGGCUGGCUUUGCGUCCAUCCACUCGCCGUUCGCGACACUACCAUUGACGAGCUCUCUAUCAUAUCAUGAGGUCACCUUUGGUCGACGACUGCAGAGAAGGACAACAGAGCGCGGUCUAUUUUUGGCUUCGAUGGCGAACCCGCCCCCGGAACGGUACGCUGCCGUUUUUGGGUUUUGUCUGCUCUUUGAAUCUCGCGAAUCGAUUGCGCGAACGCUGUCACAACAACUGCACAACCUGACCAUGCCAUUCCAAGAUCAGGCCAGUCCACAAAGAGGACCAUUUGAGGAGAAGAUGGAGCAGCGCAUCAAACUGACUUUUGGGUUCGAAAAGGAGUUUUUGAACUCGGACGAGAUUGAGCUGUAUCUGCGUCAGCUGGGAAUCAUCGUCCCGCAGCAGGCCGAGUUUGUCGAGGCGGAGGUGGAUGUCAAUGAGCUUGCCGAUGCGGUGCGCGCCCACGGGUCACUUUCAUCUCAAUCUUCAGGAUACGAGAAGCAGAACGCCUUGGUUUCCGCUUCAAUGCCAAUGAACAUGGCUCCAAAUCACGCUAUGCUUCAGCAAAUGCACAUGCAAAUGCAGCCUGAUGGCACUGUAGGCAUGAUGCCCUACAUGUACUCGCCAGGCAUGGAAAAUGCAUGGGGUGCUCCGUCAUGGCAGAAGCCAAAAUUGACGAUUAGCGUGGGAGUCUUGGUCGAAGAACUGGCUUCAAGGUCUGUCUGUAUGGGCAAGCACCCGGGUGUCCGCAUCAAGGACGUCAACAACGCCAUCAAGGUUGCUGCCGGUCUGGCUUAA